AUGCGCUCUUACGGCUUUUUCUUCGCCCUCCUGGCCGCCAUCAUGGCGUGCAUCGGCUUCUCUCAGGCGAAAAUGCAACCUAGCGACGUUGAGAAUACUUGCAACGCAUUGGCCUCCCAGACUUUUACACUCAAAAAUCUGGUCAACACAAUUCACUCUCAAAACAACCCCGGACCCCUUGAGGAUGUUUAUGAGGAGUUUGACGGUCUCUUUGACACCAUCUUGGCGGAUAUUGAACUCUUGGGCAAUACCCCCAUUAUCCAGGACCCGAACUCGGAGCAGACGGUCUACGAGGCAUACUCGAACUUUAUCCAAGCCGUCUUUGAGCUUACGGAUGAUUUGAGCUCGGCCGCUUCAGUUUUUAUCCAGCUGGAUCCUCACAACGAGUACAAAAUCCCCUAUGCUAUUCGCAUAUUCAGUGGUGUUGUUGAUGUGAGUGUUCUCCUCUCCGCGGUGGAUUGCAAAACCAGACGACAUCUGGUUAACAUGAAUGGGUCCACUCAGGCGUAUCUCUUUAACAUGAUCUCACUCUUUCCCAGAGGCUCAGCAUACGAUGCUCAGGCCAACAACCAGAAGGGUCAGGUUGACAGUCACUUUGAUUCUGCAGUGAGCUCUUACCACCUUGUCACCGCGACUACCGCUUCGCCUUACUCCAACUCCACCGCUUCGUAG